AUGGCGUUCACCUGGUUCAUUGGCACUCCACACGCCAAAAUGUUUUUUUGGCUGCAGCAUCUUGUGAUUGAAAAUGAGGGAAACUGGUGGAGGAGGUAUGGAAGAGGAAGAGUCAAGGGCCUGUCAGUUGAGGUUCGCCAGAUGUUGAUCCAGAGUGUGGAGGCAGAGUCCAAGUGGGGGCGGCGCAUUUUCUCCGUGGGCGAUUUGCAUGGGGACUACCAGAGCAGCAUGAUGCUUUCGGAGGGCUUCAAAGCGAUUGAUUUGGUGCCUGUUAGCAUUCCGGGUGCCUUUUCCAGACUGGAUGUGGCUGCAGAGUUUAUGAACCGAAAGACAAAGCCUGAGUUGAAGGACUCAAUGACAACCCGGCACUUGAAACACAACCACCAAAGAGGCGCCUGGGUGGGCCAGAGUGCGGUGCUGGUGCAGACGGGAGACCUGCUGGACCGGGGGGAGGAGUCGGGGCCCUUGGUGCGGGAGCUCUUUCGGCUGCAAGACGAAGCGCCCAAGUCAGGCGCGCCGUGCGGUGGUUGGUUUCGUAGAGGAACGGAUGAGUUGGAGGGAGGAGACCUGAGAUGUGGUGUGAUCCUCCUCCUGGGAAACCACGAGCUCAUGAACUUGCAAAACGAUUUGCGUUAUGCUUCGGCGGCCGAAACCCGUUCUUUGAGCACCAGCGGCACCAGCACCCCGCAGGUGCGCUCCGAGAUGUUAUCUCAGGAUGGCUGGCUGGGGCGGGGACUCCGAGAUCGCUUGCAGGCGUUGGUCUUGCUGGGGCCUGAGGAAGGCUUAGAGAAGCCCGUGCUCUUCGUUCAUGCGGGACUUCUACCCAGCUUCGGGUCCGAUGUGAAGAGCCUCAACUCAGAAGUGAAGAGUCUCUUGGAACAUCCAGCGGCCGAGCUCCAAACGAAUCCUUCGCCUCUCCUGAGCGACGAUGGGCCCUUCUGGACCCGGCGUUUGGCGCUGGGUCCUGAAGGCCAAGUGUGUGGAGAGGUGCAAAAGACCUUGGAGGCUUUGGGAGCCCAAAGAAUGGUGCUGGGUCAUACCGCUCAGGCAGAUGGACGUGUGCACGAGCGGUGUGGGGGGCAAGUGAUUUUGGGUGACUCGAUGCUGAAGAGCGUGGCACGUGACACCUUGAUUUCGCGCUUUUACACUGGCACGGCUCACCCCUCGGCGGUGGAAUUCUUCCCCGACGGCUCCGCGGUGGCUAUCGACGUCAAGCGUGGUGCCCGCACGGCGUUGAAGACGCCGUAG